AUGGCAGAUUCAAGCCCUUACACCAAACCCCAUUUCCCACUUUCUGAGUUCAGCUCACGGAUCCAACCAAAACCCAUCAACCAAGGUAAGUCUUGUUCUGGUUUCCUCUUAAAAUCUUUGUUCUUGGCACUGUUUGUCAUUGUUCUUCCACUUUUUCCUUCACAAGCUCCUGACUUUGUGAGCCAAACAAUACUCAACAAGUUCUGGGAGCUUCUUCACCUUCUCUUCAUUGGCAUUGCUGUGGCCUAUGGUUUGUUUAGUAGAAGAAAUGUAGAACUUGAAUCACACGUAGAAACUCACUCUAGUUCUGAUGCUUCACCUAAUUAUGUGUCCAAAAUGUUUCCUGCUUCCACUAUUUUUGGUGAUGGGUGUGAAAAUCCAUGUGGAUUUGAUGAGAAGAGGAUGGUGCAUUGUUGGAAUCCUCAGUACUUUGAGGGAGAGUCCAAUGGAGGUACUGUUGGUGUUUUUGAUGAACAGUACAAACCCCAAUUGCCAAGUUCUGAAGGUAAUUUUGGUUAUUCCUCAGUUAGUAGUGAUGGAAAUAGAACCAAUGUGGUUCAAGCUUGGAAUUCUGAGUACUAUCAAAGUGAGCCAGUGGUGGUUGUAGCUCAACCAAAUUACUCCACUGGUGAAUGUGGCGAGGUUGUUGAUUAUAAGCCUCUAGGACUACCGGUUCGCAGUUUAAGAUCGGUUGCAAGAGAAGUGGAUAGUGCUAAAUACACCAAUGAGAGUGAUUCCAGUUCUGGUUCAAGGGGUUCUUCUAGGGGCUCAGAUAAGAGCAGAGGUAGGGACUUUGGGGAUUUGGGUCAUUCCAAUUUGGAGAACAAAAUGAAUCCUGCUGCUGCUGGUGGAUCGGCUUCCCCAAUUCCCUGGCGUUCAAGGAAUAGAAGGAUGGAAAGGGGGAAUAGACAUGGCAAUGUUACCCGUCCUUCACAUUUUAGGCCUCUUUCAGUUGAUGAAGCUAAACUUGAAGCACUCAGUUCGAGGUCUUUACAGUCAACAUCUUUCUCUUCCCAAACCAAUAUGUAUUCUUCGUUGGAUUCAAUUUCAUCAGAUAAUAUGAACUUUCAUGAGGAAGAAAUAAGACCAAAGGAAGCUUCCUAUGUGGCUGCUUCAGAGAAAAUUAAUAUUCAAGAAGAUGUGGGACAGAAGACUUCCUAUGUGCCUGUUACAGAUAAUAUGAAUUUCCAAGAAGAAGAUAUGGGAUCAAGGAAGACUUCCUAUGUGCCUGCUUCUGAAAAUACAAGUUUUCAAGAGAUAGAUUUGGGAAAGAAGAGUUUCCAGGGUUCUUCAUCAAGAAAUAGAAGGAUCGCAAGUAAAGGAAAAUUUGCUGCUGCUUCUUUUCCCUCACAUUUCAGGCCAAUGUCAGUUGAUGAAACUCAGUUUGAAUCACUUGGUUCAAAGUCUUUCCAGUUUUUGGGAUCUUUCUCUUCCCACAUGAGAAUGUAUUCUUCCUUGGAUUCAAUUUCGUCUGAUAUGGACUUCCAAGAGGAAGAUAUGGGGCCAAAGAAAACUUCCCACAUGCAAACUUCAGAAAAUAUGAAUUUCCAGGAGGAAGAUAUGGGACACAGGAAAACUUCUUACGUGCAUGAAUCUGAAAAUGUGAAUUUCCAGGAGGAUGAUGUGGAACAAAAGAAAACUUCUUAUGAGCCUGCUUCAGAAAAUAUGGAUUUCCAAGAGGUGGAUUUGGGAAAGAAGAUUUCUCAGGUGUCAUCUUCAAGAAAUGGAAUAAUGGAAUCAAAAGGAAAAUAUGCUGGCGUUUCUCAUUCUUCGCCCUUCAGGACAAUUCCAGUUGAUGAAACUCAAUUUGAGUCACUCAGCUCACGGUCUUUCCAGUCUAUGGGAUCUUUUUCAUCUCAGUCGAGUAUAUGUUCUUCCUUAGACUCUGUUUUGUCAGAGAAUGUGAACUCGCUGAAGGAAGAUUUAGGGGAAAAGAAGAGCUCGCACGGAUCUUCUUCAAGUUCACCAUCACCUUUGGCUAGAAAGAAUAGGGAAGCUUCAUUGCAAUCAUUUCAGGCUCGUGGAUAUAGUAUUGGAUCCAUGUUCCAGGAUGACUUAAAGAGUAGUCUGAAUGAUGAGUUGAGGGGUUUAAAUGAGAUUGGAGUUGAGGAUCCCUCUGGCAAUAAAGAGUCAAGGUUGCAUGUUUUGCAGUCAGACUCAGAAAAGCCUGCAAGGCUAGCAAAAGCUCCAUCAAGGGGAAAAUCGGUUAGAACAAGAAAAGCCAGUGAACUGACAUCAGGGACAAUGAGAAUAGGAGAAACAUCUAGCAAACAACUUGAUGAAAAGGUUGAAAAGAAGUCUAAUAAUGUUGAUUUGGGAUUGAGAAAAGAUAAAAUGAAAAAUGGAGAACCAAACAUUCUACUGAAAGGAGUCAGUAAGAAAACUCUGGAUUCUUAUAGCCCUAAGCCUGAGAUUAAAUUUUCCAAUCAUCGUAAGGGAGAUAAACUAGAACCAUCCAAGAAUUUGUCUAAGCAAGACUCAGAUAUCGAGCUUGAGAAUAAUCGGGUGAGCUCAGAUGAAGAUGAGGUGCCUGCAUAUGUCAAUGAUUCAGAACUGGAUUCUGAGGUGGAUAAGAAAGCUAGUGAAUUUAUAGCCAAGUUCAAAGCUCAAAUCAGGCUUCAGAAAAUGGGAUCUACUGAUAGAUCAAAAGAGCAAAAGACCAUUGGAAACAAGAUUAGGUGA